UUUGACCGUUUGGAUCAGGAAAAACAAACAAUAUAUUCUCUCUUUUUUCUGUAAGAAAAAGAAAAGAAAUUCCUCCUCUUGUCUUCGCUUGGGGCCUUCGAUCUUCUUGCGCUGCGCAAUCCCAACCAAGCAGAGAGAGAGAGGGAGGUUUCCCAUGGCGGCGGCGGCGGAGGACGGCGGCGGCGUGGCCCGGCAGGCGGAGCUCCGGCGCGCCGAGGGCAACGCGUGCUUCCGGAAGGCCCGCCUCGGCGCCGCCAUCGACUGCUACACCGAGGCGAUUGCGCUCUGCCCCGGCGUCGCCGUCUACUGGGUCAACCGGGGCCUCUGCCACUUCAGGCGCAAGGACUGGGCCAGGGUCGAGGAGGACAGCAUGAGGGCGCUCGCGCUCGACGACACCUCCGUCAAGGGGCACUAUCUGCUAGGGUGCGCGCUGCUCGAGAAGGAGGACUGCGCUCUCGCGGUCAAGGAAUUCGAGAAGGCUUUGGAUCUCUUGAAGCCUUCAAAUUCAAGGGACAAAAUGGCAGAGGACAUUUGGCAGGUUCUUGCCAAGGCCAAGUACCUUGCCUGGGAAAAGCACUCCACUCAGCGAGUUUGGAAGAUGCAAAGUUUAAGGGAAGCUUGUGAAAAUGCUCUGCAGGAGCAUCACUUUCUUAGCGGCACUCUUUCAGAAGACUCUGAGGGGACAACCAAUGAGUAUUCAGAGCAAUGCAAAUUGUUAUCUGAAGUCUUCACGAACGCUAUACUUGCUGAUACACCAGGAGAUGUGCCGGACUACAUUUGCUGUCAAAUAACUUUUGAGAUUUUUAGAGAUCCAGUUAUCACACCCAGUGGUGUAACAUAUGAGAGGGCCAUACUGCUUGAGCAUCUUCGCAAGGUGGGCAAUUUCGAUCCGGUGACGCGGGAGCCCUUGAAGGAGCACCAGUUGGUUCCGAAUCUUGCCAUCAAGGAAGCCGUCCAAGCAUACCUCAAGGAGCACACCUGGGCCUACAAGUCGAACUGAAGCUGUCCUGUUACCGCUUAGGUGCUAACAAAAUGUGUUGAUAUAGUGUCCGAGUUGCAAGGGGGGGGGGGGGGGGGGUUCAUUCUGGGUUGAUUGAUUCUUGAGUGAAUCCUAACAAACACUUGGCAAUUGGCCAUUGUACAUAAUCAGCCUACAUAAUUCUCUGUAGCAGUUGGCUGUACGAAAGUGGUUUGUUUGAUCCUGUAGAUUGAUCAUUUCUUUAUGCUAGUCCAGUAAUAACAUGAUUUUACGCCAUUUCCUUCCUUGCCAUUUCUGCUUGGAUUAAAUGGUCUGUUUGGAAGACAAGCAUUGGGAGAAUCAAUGCUAUGAUAUUUCAUUGCUUGAUGUUGUUGAUGCCA